CUUCAUGCAGGAGAAAUGUCAGAAAAACAAGGAAAAUUGGUUUGAGCUUAAAGUCCUCCAUACAGCUGGCUCAAAGGCAUUUAGAAAGGUGCAAUACGAUGAGCGAGACAAGGAUGGAAAGGAGCUUGGACUUGUUGAUUUGUAUCACAAGACACACUUUAGUCAGAAAAGGCAAGCAUGGGUCCAUAAUGAAGCUGAAAUUAGACAUGGAUGUCCAAAGGGUGUCACACCUAAGUACAGCUUGAAGCCUCUUGUGCCAAGGCUGUCUGAUAUAAAGCCUGAUAUUGAUGUUGAGAAAUUGUUUUUUUAG